AUGCCGUCUAUCAGUCCAGCGACACAACUGCCUGAGCGCUUCCGCUCGUGGGACCAGCUCGCAGCGUCGCUUCCUGAACUGUUGCGCGACCAGACGCUGCGCGCAACAGUUGACCGUUUGGCAGUGCUGCCAACGGACGUGAAGUCGCUGCCCGACAAGUAUCUACAACGGGCCUCGACACUUGUAUCAAUUGUCUCGCAUGCCUACGUUCACGCCGACAUGGCUGGCCCUGCGCCGCUUCCCGUGUGUCUAUCUCAACCUUGGACCGAAAUAACCAGACGCCUAGGACGCGAAAAGCCGGCGUUAUCUUACAUUGACCUCAUCGUCUAUAAUUGGAAGAAAAGAAGCGCUGCUGGGGCCGAAUUUUGUGUCGAGAAUCUUGAGCUUCUGGUUCCCACCGUAGACACUGCUGAAGAGCGUGUCUUUUACUUGACGCAGGCAGAGAUUCUAUCACGUGCUACCCCGUUGCUGAAUUCCAUUGUUGACGCACAGAUUGCGGUGCUCUGCGACGAUGUUGCAGCAUUGGCGGCGGUGCUGAAGAGAAUGUCCGACGUGUUGAGUGAUAUCGGGCGCAAGUCGCUCAUGCAAAUUGCGCCCAAUCCAACGCGCAAGUCCCACGUCGAUCCUGUUGUGUGGGCCAAGUCCGUGGCACCUCUUGCUGUACCGCUCAGCGCAGAUGUUCCUGGCCCUGGUGGCACGGCUUCCCCAUUAUUUCACCUCAUGGAUAACUUCAUUGGUCGCACAUCCUACAACGCGGUGCUGGGUGAGGAAGCGCAGCGCAUUCGAAGGAACUAUCCUCAAAAUUGGCGGAAUGUCAUUUCGGCGGCGGCAGAGGUGGACAUUGCGACGUUCGUUGUAAACAAGAACCACCCUGCAUUGCGCCAAUCGUGGGAACUCAUGAAGGAGCGGUACUGUGGCCCCAUGGGGCUUUUGGGUUUGCACCGGCGCAAGGUUUUCGCCUAUUUGCCCAUGGCCUUCAAGGUGGGGCGUUCCGCGACCAUCGCCGGUUUCAAUGGGGACGUCGCUCAGCAGGAGUGGCAUCGCGUCCAUGAAGAAUUGGAAAAAUCACGCCAGGAGCGUCUUGCGGAAGGCAAGCUAUCUGAGCCCCCCAUUGUAGCGACGUCGAAUGCGCCCAAGUCCGAUGGCCAGACUUAUUGUAUUUCUACGCUUGUGGAGCAUUCUAGCAAGGAUGUCGGUUUUUGGUUUGCCGCGAACGGGCGCGUUUACGAUGCAACGAAGUAUCUUCGCUUCCAUCCUGGUGGCGACAAGAUUCUGAUGAAUUCCAGUGGACGCGAUGUCACAGCCGAUCUUCUUGCGAUCACGCAUCUCCAGGACCCCACCAUUGCUGAGAAGGUAGAGAAGUUUGCCAUUGGGAAGCUUCAUGUUCCUGGAUUCAACAGCGAUAAGUUGCGUCAAUUCUACGAUUUUGCGGUCGCGAUGGCUUACAAGGUCACGGACCUGCACACAACGUUCGGCAAUGACCUUACGUUCCUAUAUCGUCAGUUGACGUCCGUCGAUCCCUCUGGUGUGCUCACUGAGCAAAAAAGACGAUUCGCGGUCGCUGCAAUGGCGCGAUUGGGCGAACAAUUCGUUCCCAGCAUCGCAACGCAUGCCGAAGUUCUGGCUGACUUGUGCGGGUCAUCGACUAUGGCUAGAUUCAAAGCGCUGCGACGUGGCUAUUUGGUAUCCGUCAGUUUAGAGCAAGGGCAUCAGAUGCUUGGUUUAUGCAAAAGCCAAGCAGUGCUCCUUCUGAAGACACUUGAGAGCAUUUCUGCAUCAGCAAGCAAGCUGAGUGAAGGCCAGACGCAUACUAUUAAUCAUAUCUUAGAGCAACUAGUUAAACUACUGGAAGCAUUCUAA